CCUUUUCAUUCAUUUCUCUUUUAUGAUGUGAUGCAUAUAAGCACUCACUCAAAUAAUUUUCUCCAUGCGCCUACACAUUCUGAUGCUCGUGUUUUGUUAUGUACUUUCACCCAACAAUUUUUUCUUAAUAUCAAUGAAAUUGCAUUUUCCAGAGGUGUUGCUUCUAUUUGUGAUUUGAAACUUUUGCCCCCCAAGAUUAAAUGACAUUUUAGCAGAAAUGGAGAUUGGAUUUGUGAAUUUUCAUUGGAAAGAGCUUGAGAAAAAACAGAGAUCAGAUCAUUGUGAGCCAUUUGGAAUGGCAGGAGAUGAGGAUGCUGCUGCCUCUGAAUGUUCCGAGAGUAAGGCGAAGCGUGUAAGAGACUUCAUGCAUGAGGCAAUCCACAUGAAGAAAAAAGAGAUUGUAGAUGCGACACUUGGGGAGUUCUUGCAGGGUUAUAUAUCACUUGCUGGAGACAAUCGACAUGAAUUACUUGUCACCCUUGCCAGAGAUUAUAGUGUGAAUCGAAAUCAAGUUCGGGAGCUGAUUCAGCAAUACCUAGGUCUUGAGAUUUCUGAAGGCAUGCUCGAGCACCAAUCUGAAGUUGACGAGGGAGGCAUCCUCUCUGCUGUGUAUAGGACUGAGCGAAACUUGAGACAGGCCCUCAAGCCUUUGUAUGAGAUUCUAUUUGAAAGACUCAACACAUAUCCUGGUGGAUUGAAGUUUUUGUCCAUUCUCCGAGCUGAUCUUCUUAACCUAAUUGAGGAAGUUAAUCUUCCAUCUUUACGAGCCCUAGAUUCAUAUUUGAAAGAAAAACUGGUGACAUGGCUUAGCCCAGCUGUCUUAGAGCUUCAUCGUAUCACGUGGGAUGACUCUGCAUCUUUGCUCGAGAAGAUUGUUGCUUAUGAGGCUGUGCAUCCUAUCAAUAAUCUUCAAGAUUUAAAAAGAAGAUUAGGUGUUGGCCGUCGGUGCUUUGGAUAUCUACACCCUGCAAUUCCAUGUGAACCUUUGAUUUUCAUCGAAGUUGCUCUCUUGAAGGAUGUGGCACAUACAAUACAGGAGGUUUUGUGGGAUGAGCCUCCUAUUCUCGAAAAUGAUGCUACAUGUGCCUUGUUUUAUUCUAUAUCUUCAACCCAGCCUGGUCUAUCAGGAAUUAACCUUGGGAAGUUUCUCAUCAAACGCGUGAUUGAGCUGGUUCGACGAGAUAUGCCAUGUGUUUUGACAUUUGCAACACUUAGUCCAAUCCCUGGAUACAUACAAUGGCUUCUUUCUAAAUUGGCGUCUCAGUUGAAGCUCGCUGAAUUGGAUUCUGAGGACAAAAGAGUAUCAUCAGAAGACAUGACAGCUCGUACUUUUAGGGAGAACUUACUUUACCCUGAAGAAGAGCAAGAAAUAUUGGCAUCUUGUGCGGAGAAUCCUACUGGAAAUAGUGCUGUUGAAGUUAUGCUUUGCCUCCUGAGAUCAAGAAACCCUGAGUGGGUUAAAUCAGAUAGAUUGUUGGCAGCUUUGCAAGCUCCUCUCAUGCGUUUGUGUUCAAGGUACCUAGUUCGUGAGAAGAAGCGAGGUAAAGCCCUUGAUGCUGUUGCAAACUUUCACUUGCAAAAUGGAGCGAUGAUACAUAGAUUGAAUUGGAUGGCAGAUCGAUCAGAGAAAGGCUUCCAUCAAAGUGGAGGCAUCAUGGUAAAUUAUUUGUACAGGCCUGGUGAAAUUGAAGAGAAUGCGCAGUUAUAUUUUAACUCGGGCCAUAUUCAAGCUUCCCCUGACAUUCAACGCUAUCUUGAGUUGGAUACUCACUCAAGGAUUUGAUCUUGUGGAUGUUUUUGCUUGUUUUUCCCUAAAACCUAAAUGUUCUUCAUUAUUAAAAAUGUUUUGUGCAAUUUUUACGUGACAGGGUAUCAACAAUAGCCAUCCAUCAAAACAUCGUGUAAUUAUUGUGAUUGUUGUAAGAUUGUUUCAUAAUUUGUAAAGUAAAAGUGAAGGCAUUAUGUACGUAC